AUGGGGCGCACACUGCGCUGUGGGCCUCCCCCAGCCAGAGCAGAGGAGGCGCCUUUUUCGUACGUUCGCCGUCGCUCUGGCUCGAAGUCUGCGCGGAGAGUCGCGAGUGUCACAUCCGCCACCAACGCAGCGGAUCUCAGCAGUACUGUGGCGUAUGCCCAGCCCGCUCGUACUCGCCGCAGAGGCAUUUUCAUGAGCCGCACGCAGAACAUGAUGUUUGCAGUGCACAAGCAGGCCCGUCGGUACUCGCAAGCUGAGGUGAACGCGAUGCAAGAGAGCAUUUCCCUCGCGAGCCCCUCCUUGUCCGCCUCGCUCUCCUCCACCACCUCUGUGCCGCCGCUUACAGUCGAUCCGGUGCCGAGCUGUUUACAUCCGCUUAGCCAAGGGCGCUCCACUCGCGCGUGGGAUGCUAUUGCCGCCGGCUGUAUUGCCGAGGCAAGGCGGCUGAGCGAAGCGGACAAUGACGUGGUGGCGAAGGCGGCGAGUUUCAUCCUCGGGGGCGACCCUAAUCAGGGGUUGUUUUUGCUGGAGUCGCACGUGAUUGCAACCUGCGUCGUUCUGCACGAACAGCAGGAGGGAGUCCUCUCAAGUGCUUCCUGUCUGAAGCGGCACGACACAGUGCUGGCUGACUGGCUGCAGCAUCGCUCACAGUUCCGCGCCGAUAGGGGUCUGCAGCUUCCGCACUGUGACGUGAACCCGAUGCGAGUGACUGAGGCGGUGGUGCGUCACGUGGUGCUGCAGUCAAUGCAGCUCAUGGACACGGUCGAAGUGCACCGCUGGUACGCUGUGGCGCUAGUGCUGUGCACAUUACACGAGACCCACGACGGAAAUUCUAGCGACCGAAGGAGUAGCAAGUUGAAGGACUCCAGUAAGUCUAAGGCCUUCAUGUCAAAUUUCUACGGCAAUGGGCAUUGCUGUGGCUGGAGUAGCACUGCAGUGCCCGCAGGGGACGGACAGUACUGGUCUGAGAGGCAAGGUUCUACAGAGUUCACUGCGGUCCUAUCCACCCGCCCUGGCAGAGACACCCCCACCCAAUCGGCGGCGGCCGUGCCUGCCACCGGCGCCGUGUCGGAGAGUGACGGGUACAGGGCACCCUCUAACGUGUGGUUUCGUUAUUUUUUCGCGCUGUGUGAGACGACGUCACCCGACGGGCUACUGGCGAACACACCGUUCACGCAAUCCACACCACCAAGCAAGACCCACAGCCAAGGCACUCCCCCUACGACACCGUGGGGGAGGGCCCCCACUGCGCGCUCGACGUCAGCAGCGAUGGACGUCAACGGCGGCAGCUGGCCCACCGACCCGGCCACGAGAGGGCGGUCUGGCAAGCUGGCCCGUACUCUGUCGCUGUUUACGGGUCAACACGGCGGUGGCAUUACCCACGGCAGCUCCCCAUCCGGGGACUGCCAGAGCAGGAACUCGUUCUGCUUCUCUGCCCCCCUGUCGACACAACGAGCCAUUCCUGCAUGGGUUACUGCCGCGCUGCGUCCUCUCGAUCACGAGGAGACUACCUCGCUGCUGCUCUCGCACUCUACGGAGUGGGACGUCUUCUUCAUCACGGCUGUGACAGCCUUUCAGACGCAACACUACCGCACCUGCAUGAUGGCGGCAUCGCGCUUUCUGCACUUGGUGGAGGCAGCUGGGAUAAUGACGCAGCCGAUAGAGGCGAGUGAC